CUUUGAGCAGCAGCUCAAGUCUUCCAAUGCUCAAGCUUGCCUGCAGAUACCCAAAAGAACGGAAGUGCUGCCAUCAGCCUCCAGUUGGUGGAGCGCAAGCUACAGAUAACCUGCGCAGCGCCAGCCUUCCGCCUUCCGUCAUGGAAAAGAGGCUUGUAAAGCAGGAGGUGAGAAGGCUGCUGGGAGAGUAUAUUGGCAUCAGACUUCGGGAAAAUGAAUUUGAUCCAAAAGGAAGAGGUCAACUCAGCUUUCUAGAUGAGAUGGCCCACUAUGACUUAGCCAUCAGUGUUGCUUGUCAGUGGCUACAUCCCUCAGAAGACUUAACUUGGCUCCAAUGGGAGAAACUGAAAGUGCCACUUCAUGGCAGACCAGUGUAUCCAAACAGAAGACAGAGAGAAGCAGUGAUCUUAUCAUCUUACGCUGGAGUCUUAAUGAACAGUAUCCCAAUUGAGGAAGUCCUUAAAAUUUAUGGGGCCUCUUCUUCUGCCAAUCCUGAUUCUACCAAGGUCUCCCAGGCUCUGUUGCCCCGCCGCUCUCUGCACCCUUUUGCAAUGUUGACAGCACCCAACGCAGCAGAGUGCAACCACAGACAGAGUGUCAAGUUGAGGAGAGGAGCAAUGACUAAACAAGCCUCCAGCAGCUCUACAAAGAAAGCAAUGGUUCAGAAUGGCAAUCUGGCAAAAGGUGCUCACACACACAGCUCAAGAACAAAGUCGCUUAGAAAUGAUCACUAGUGUCAUGGAUGUGUAACAGCCUCUGGGAGCAGACAGGAAGCUUUGCCUUAGAGCUGCACUUGUCACCAGAUCACUCUCUCCCUGCAGAUAGCUAUUGCUGUCAAUGACAUUGACCAUCAUGUUUCCCCUUGAGCCUUUUCCUCUUGGAAGCAUAUUGCACAUAUAUUUUGGCAAAAGGAAAAAAUGUCUAUAUCCUAUGCUACUUCAUUAUACACCUGGAAGACUGCUGGAGCAUUCGAAGGGGGUUCACUGUUUCUGGAUAGGGUGAGACAGUCUGAUUUUGAUACAUUUUUUAGCAAAUGUGUAGCAUUAAAUAUUGUACAGAAUCAUGGAGAAAGAGGUGGUUUUCCAAAGUUUAAACCCCAAAUAAAAUUGAUUUCUCAUUAGCAUACUCUGAAAUAGAAAAAAAUGUAAACUCAUUCCAUUUCAAUAAAGUUUGAAAAGAGAAA